GCGCCGGGGCCACAGUCAUUCGAGCGCGCGGGGCGGUGGCGCCGCCGGAGCGGAGUCUCGACCCUCCCGGGCCUCUUUGUCUGGGAGCCUCGCGGCCGGGAGCGGCCGCGCUGCGGGCCGGGGCCGCGCUCGCCGCGGCGGUGACAGCUCCGUCCUCGCGGAGGGCUCGGGCCGAGGGGCUGUCGGCCGGGCCCUGCUCGCCCGCGCCGGCGCGUCCGAGCGCGCGGACCCAUGCCCCCGCAGCAGGGGGACCCCGCCUUCCCGGGCCGCUGCGAGGCGCCGCCCGUGCCGCCGCGCCGGGAGCGCGGGGGGCGCGGGGCGCGCGGGCCCGGGGCGCCGGGGGGCCGGGGGCGCGCGGGCGGCGCGGAGGGGCGCGGCGUCAAGUGCGUGCUGGUCGGCGACGGCGCGGUGGGCAAGACCAGCCUGGUGGUGAGCUACACCACCAACGGCUACCCGACCGAGUACAUCCCCACCGCCUUCGACAACUUCUCGGCUGUGGUAUCUGUGGAUGGGCGGCCAGUGAGACUCCAGCUGUGCGACACUGCAGGACAGGAUGAGUUUGACAAACUCAGGCCUCUCUGCUACACCAACACGGACAUCUUCCUGCUGUGCUUCAGCGUGGUCAGCCCCUCAUCUUUCCAGAACGUCAGUGAGAAAUGGGUGCCAGAGAUUCGAUGCCACUGUCCCAAAGCACCGAUCAUUCUCGUUGGAACUCAGUCGGAUCUCAGAGAAGACGUCAAAGUCCUCAUUGAGUUGGACAAAUGCAAAGAGAAGCCAGUGCCUGAAGAGGCGGCUAGGCUGUGUGCAGAGGAAAUCAAAGCCGCCUCCUACAUUGAGUGUUCAGCCUUGACUCAGAAAAACCUCAAAGAGGUCUUUGACGCAGCCAUUGUUGCUGGCAUUCAAUACUCGGACACUCAGCAGCAGCCAAAGAAGUCCAAAAGCAGGACUCCAGACAAAGUGAAAAACCUCUCCAAGUCCUGGUGGAAGAAGUACUGCUGCUUCGUAUGAUGCUAGUGAGAAACCCGGGGAGGUUAUUUUCAGAUGCAAUUGAUAUUAGAGGCUAUAUUAGCUGAAAUGACUCCUUUUACUGUGUAGAAACUGUAUAGAGAAAGUGAGUGUAUAUGUAUUAUAGGAGGCUUUCUCAAUUUAUGUAUUCUGUCUUGCCUUUGGUUUUUCCUGUUUGUUUGAGCUUAGGGAUCAGAUACUUAUGCAAGAUAUUCUAGAUGAAAGUUAAGCGUCCUUCCUAACUCUGGAAAUUUAGAGCUCUAGACCUCUGGAUACAGCAUAUCUAAAAUGAAAGAGACACCUCAGAUCUGGGAGACAAGGUGAAGCUUUGCUCCAUGACAGUGUACAAAGAACAAAAGAGGAAAUGUGGUUAACCUCCCUUACUUAAGGGCUACUUAAUGCACGGUGUAUUAUAUACACAGACCAGCUAUGAAAGAACUCUCUUAGCUUUGAAACUCUAUCCUUUUAACUUUCUUUUCUUAUGGAGAAACCUCAUCUAUGAAGCCUCAGACCAGUCAGGUUUGCCACAUGCUAAUUCCUAUUUCCUAAAAUUUUAAAAACAACCUACAAAAACAUCCCGCUAACUCUGUGGCACAGUGGAGCCCCAAAAGGAAAAUUUGCUGGAUGGGAUUUUUCAUUCUUAGAUACAUUGUGUGGACAUAGCCCAAACGCCAUAAAGGCUAACGCAAGUGUUGGUCUCUCUUCUUUAAGGAGUGUUUCAGCUGAGAGCAGAAUGUGCUAUUUGCUAUCUAUCCAUAGACUUGCCCCAAAUGCCAGGUCCAGAUAAUGAGAGCACUGGGGAGCACUUGCCAGAAUGGCUUGUAAUGUUCUGUGCUUAGACGGGCCUGGCAGUGAAUGCUUUUGAAGGACUGCAGCGUGUUUGUGGGACACCAAAUGUACUUUUCUUUCUUAAGUCAACAAAAGUGUGUGUGCCCAUGUACAUGUGUGUGUGUAUGGCUAUAUUUGUGGCUGAUUCAGACUUUUGAGGAGUUAAUGGGAAAAGGCAUGGCCACAAAAACAGCUGUGAGGGAAACUUGGCUUCCUCUUUUUGUUAACAUGUUUUUGAACAGCUCUUUUUGAUUAUACCCUAGAUAUGAUUUUAAGUAUAUCUUAAGUAACACAUUUGGAGACAUCUUAAAACAAAACACAAAUAUCUCUUAAAAUCGACUUUCAAAUGAAUGUCUCUUAAAACCUGUUCACCAGUUAAAUCCACAGAUGCCUUUUAGGGAGAUGAUUGAAGAGACCAAGGGGGGUGUUUUGGGGGCCUGCUGUGGCCAGCCAAGGGUGUGCUGGAACUACAGCUCCCCCAAUCAGCUGCUCCCUUACUGUGGAACAGUCCAGAAAUCACAUAUUUGUGAAACAUCCAUGUUCUUCAGGUAACAGUUUUUAGGGCUUAAUCUUCUGGAGAAAAAAAUGCCAUAUCGGGAGAGUAGCUUUGCUCUACGAUGGGUAUGUGUCGGAGAUGCCAAAAGGUGGCCUGCGGCUUUGCGUCGCAAUGGCAAGCUUGCAGGUAUACCAAAAUCCACUCAGUCGUUAAUGAGGGAACUUUCUGUUGAGCCAACCAAUAGAAGGGUUUGAUCUUUUGUAGGUCUUGUGUUGUCUUUUUUAUAUUUAAAAAAAAAUCCAAUUUGUGUUUUUCUAUAGAAAUAAAAGAUCAGUUUAUACUUUAGGUUAGGGGCUCCUUUUAUUUCUUAAUAAAUAAAAUUAAUUUCUUGGUUUAAAAACAAAAAUACAGAAACUGUUUCCUGUUUAUUUUUUAAUACAUUGAAAGUUAUAUCAGUCCUACUUUCCUAAAGUGUUUUGUUACAACCUGAGUGCAUAAAAUCACUCCAUUUGUGGAAAUGCACUCACAGACCUUCUGAAAUGGAUUCCUAGCUGUGUGGCUGGUUCACUUCUCUGUGAGAAGCAGCUUCCCAGGCUGUACUCUGCCUGCCCUGGUAUGCAGAGGUAGGCAUAUGGAAAGAGUGAUCUGACUGGUAGGUAAACAAUAUUUUUAUAUUUAAGCAGAAGUCAUGGGGUACAAUGCAAAUUUAUUGUUAAGAUAGAAGACAAAACUUGAAAGAAGUUUAAUGCCUGUGACUGCAUGUGGGGCCUUCAGAACCUUUUGCCUUCAGGGUCCCUGAUGGGCAGUGGUUACUGAAAAUGGCCUGUGCAGCCUGCUUCUGAGCACUUUCCUCAUUGGGCUUAUUGGGCUUUAAAAAAAAAAGAUUUAUUUUAUUUAUACAUAUAAGAACUGGGGUACAGGCCAGAGGGGUGUGGGGGGGUAGUGCGAGGAUUCACCAGAGAGAGUGUGGAGCAGAACAGUAUACUGAAAUAUACUGCUGAGGGGAGCAGCUAGGCAAGAUAGGAGAGGUCUGCUGUGCUAUGUGGGUUAGUCCCUGGCCGGCUGGGGAUCGAACUUGUGCUGCAGAGGCUGCUAAUUGCUUGAUAGCACUGUCUUUAACCCCUGUGCCACCAGGGAGGCUUUUUUUUUUUUUAAGAUUGAUUUAUUUAUUUAUACAAGCACUGGGCACAGUCAGAAGCACUGGAGGGUAAGAGAAUUCACCAGAGCCAGAGCAGGGAACAGAACAGGCAGACUGACGAAGUACACCGCUGAGGGGAGCAGCGGGCAUGGCAGGGGAGGUCUGUGCGCCAUGUGGGACCCUCGCUGGCAGCCGGGGAUUGAACUGACGCUGCAGAGGCUGCGGGCAGCUUUGCAGCCCAGCGCUCAAAUGCUGCGCCACCGGGGAGGCCCCCAUGGGCUUAUUUUUAACCCAGCUUAGUAUCUCCUGUACUAUUAGAGCUAAAAAUCUAGAGGGCUGACAUUUAAAUGCAAAGUUUUUAUACCUUGCUGUUUUGUAGACUAGUGAAUUUCCCUCCUGAGGCUUCUCUCCACUUUUUUAUUUCUCUGUGAAAAUAGGGACUUGGGUGGAAUUUUUUUUUUUUUUUAAGUUUGUGCUUGAAUUAAAUAGGAAGUUGAUUCAUGUCCAAGAGCAAACAUCAUUAAAUGUGUAGCUCGGUAUCACGGAGACAUUUUAAGAGUUGUACUUUAGACGAUGCCACUUUGCCUAUCAGCACCUAAAAACACAAUACACUCCAACACUAUUUUGGUAUCUGUUUUAGCCAUGGAACCUUUAGGGAUGUUGUUCUCAGGGCUUGACAGACUUAAGAGAAACCACCCAGGGAUUAUCCAAACCAAAAGGAGGGCAAGGUGUUCCCCGGAGACUGUGGUAAUCUGGUGCCUUACAGAGUUGUGCUUUUCCAACUUCAAGUGUAAAUGGUGUUGAGCAGAAUGUUGAAAAUGCUAUAAAUGAGGUGGUAUGAAAUAAAUUCUGACUACAGAUAUAGUUCACUUGUCUUUUCUAUCAAAGAAUCUCACUGGAAAUUAAAGUUUAGCCAAAAUGCAAAGCAUAUGGGUGGGUAAGGAUCAAUGGCGCCCCCAGAGGCAUUUUGGGAUUGCAUUCCCCAGGCAACAUUAAAUGUUUAUUUAAUACGGGGCUUUGGGAAUCCUGGGACCACGGUCUGAGAAGCAUUCCACUGCCUCUGUAGUGGGCAGUGGACUGCCUUUGCCCUGGGGUGAGGGAGCACUGUUCUUGGAGCUGCUAGUCCAGGUUCAAAGGGGUGUUAGUGCGUGAUGAAGCAGGAAGGUGACUAGAUCCAAGACUCCAUCUCAAGUGUAAACACACUUGCUUGGUCACCAGGCUCUUGGAUUCCUGAAUAGGAACCCAUGUGUACUGGCAGGGUAAACAUCUGAGAUUUUUUAUCACCAAGGAUGGGUGGUGGUGAGAAGUCAAAGGUGGCCUGAGUCACAUCAGUCUGACAGUGAAGACUGUAGAUCAGGUUCCCUCUCUGAGAUGUCCUUGUGCGGGGUGGGAAUUCUUCAGGUUCUCUAGGCUGGUCUCCGCAUGUCGCCAGAUGCAGCCCCUACACCAGGGGUUCUGGGGAAUUCACACCCCAGCCAGGAAACAUUCUGAGGGGCCAGUUAUCAUAUUCUGCUCCACCUUCCAGUGUCAAGGGGGUAGCCAGGGCUCUAGUGGAGGGUAGUCCUGACCUUUUGUUCCCCACAGGGCCUCUGAGUCCGGGCUUUGACUUUUCAUAUCCACUAAACAUUCCAUCACAAUGAACUGGAAUACUGUGCAGACAGCAAAUAAAUCUACUGCUCAUCUGCACACAACCUGGAGUGCCAAAAGCCAGCUUGCUUCCUGGCCUGCACUGGUCUUUAAGGAUCACCCCAAUCAUAGCCUCAAGGCACCUGGAAGUUUCUCCUCACCUGACUCCCAUUCUUCCUCCCACAUCUGGGACACAACAUCCAGUCUCUUUAGAAGAGAUCAGGGGGUGUAUCUCAGAGGUGAGGGAAUGAGAAAUAUGUAGGAGAAAAGGUGUUUUGUAUUUUUAAGGAAUAGCAGGUGCAAAGGCCCUGAGGUAGAGGAAUGUCUGGCAUGUCCUAAUGGCCAGUGUGCACAAGAAAGAAGGAUUGCAGGGAGAGGAUCAGGAAAUGAUGGCAGGCAGGGGAUGAGUCACGGAGGAAAGGAAUGGGAGAGAUAGAAAAAAGGGGCAGAAGAAAGCUGAGCUCUGGCAUCAGGCUGUCUGGGCUUAAAUCCCAGCUCUGCCACUUACUGGUGUUGAUUUCUUAAGCAGCUUAACCUCUUAACAUUUCUGUGUAUAAAGUUUUGAAUCUAUAAAGAGUAUAUGCAUAGCUGUUAUCCCAAGGGACUGAAGUGGUUAUGAAUGCACAGUACCACUGCACCCCAAGUGCUCAGUGAGCGUCUGCUCUGCUGUGUCUGUAUGGCAGGCCUCAUGAACAGCCUGGUUAAUCCCCUUCACUGCUGGACACUCAGUGGAUCAACUUAAAAUUG